CAAGAGGACAGAUCUUCCUGAGGCAAAUGAACUGGACGUCUCCCUUCUCUAGGUCCUGCCAGUCUCGUGCUGUUAAGAAAGGAGAUCCACUAGACACAAAUAGAGAAAAGGAGAGAUACCCAACAAUAUGCAAGAACAUCAAGGAAUGACUGACAAAAGAGAUGACUCAAGCAUCCCACCAGUGCAAAUCAACACUCUAUUGGAAUCUAUUCAGAAUCCUUCUCAGCAAGUUCCAGGGUCUGUUGCUCAUUUUCUCAAUUUAUUGGAAAGGAAGAUCUUAAGCAGCAAGAAAAUAAAUGUUUCCAUGUGCCAGAAUAUAACUGAAGUCAUCCUCAACUACUUAUUAAAUACGAAUUCAAAGACAGUUCAGGAAGAAAGCGCUGCUGCUGUUCUAUUAGCAAUAGAAGUCCAUAGCCCCAAAGUGGUUAUCUCCAAUUUUUGGGACCAAAUGAAUCUGCAAAAUCUCCCCCAGCCAGCUCUUCUUCGGACUUUGGGGAAACUCAUCCUCUAUCAAGGUAUGGCACCCUACAUUGGUGCUACAUGGAGCUAUGUCCUACCUAUUCUGAGAAAGGCUCAGACUGAAGAAGAAAGGCUGGGACUAUGUAAUGUGAUCAAUGGGUUGGCCAUUAAUGCUCGAAAUCACAUUCUGGGCAAUGAUGAUGAUAAAUCCAUGGAUAUCACACAAGAGAUGCUGUCCUUUAAGGCAUGUUUGACCCUCCGAGUACUUUUUAAUCGCUGGCCCCUGAAGAUCAAGGGCAAGGUGACUGAAGAAACCUUGAGCAUACUGGGAAACCUUUUCUUUCUCAUCUCACCACCAAAGCUGAAAUCUCAAUUAUGCUGGUUAAUUCGACGUCUUUUGGCCCUGAACAAAGCAGGUGUGAAGCCCUUCUACAUUGUUCAGUGUCUUUCCCAGCUCCUGGAAGCUGUGGCUGCCAGUGGAUCUGGGGGUAAGAAUCUGGCAUCGAAGUUGGAUGAUCUUGUGGUGCUGCUGUCUUCCCAGGUGACUUGGAAAGUUAGCAACUCAGAUUCUCUUCAAAACCACAAAAUAGCCCUGAAGUCCUUCCAUAUUAUGACACGACUAUUUCACCAUGAGAUGGUCAAAUUGUUUCUAAAGAGCAUGGAUGGCAGUGAUAAGUCCAAUGUCACAUUAGCACUCAAGAUCUUCAGAGAUGUAUUCCAGGAAGUGCCCCAGAACACAGAACUAAAGAAUGAAGUAAUGCAGACCAUUAUACAUCUAAUUAAGGAGGAUUCCAAAACAAUACGGUUGCCUCUGCUACAAUUUAUUGAAAAGCUAGGUACCUAUAACUACUUCACCCUGGAAAAAGGAGAUGUGGUUAUUAACCAUCUCAUCAAACUCAGUGAGCUUGGAUCCACAAGUGAUGAGGAAACCCGGGAGUUGUCAAUCAAUAUUUUACAUCUGGUGUCCCUGCCCAGGCUGAUAACUUUGUUGUGCCAGCCUAUGAGACCCAUGGCAUAUGUGCCCCUCUGCAAGAUUGCCACUGACAUCGCUUUGAAGGCUCAGGCCUUGGGCCAACCACCUUACCUUAGUAGCUACCAUCUUAAAUCCAAUGAAUACCCCUCCCCGCAAGUGAUCUUUGUCAACCUUCUACUGUCUUCUCUGAGGCCGUAUAAACUAAAGGAAUUUGGGGUGUGCUCUCUUUGGCUGUUGUAUGCUCUCCACCCUAUCAACUCCCUGCAUCCUGUGAUCAACUUCAAACUCGGCCAAGUGUGGACAAAAGAGAUUCCUAAUAUGAUUCAAAUUCUGGAGAAACACACUGAAGAGAACUUUAUACAGAAGGAGUGGGAGAAAAGGCUGCUUCUAUUUUCCAGUAAUAGUUUGCUGGCCAUCCAUGAUGACUACUGGCUGAAGGAUUUCAUUGAAACGAUAUUUAAGAAGAUGCAAAGCUUCUCGUGGUUGCAGCAGGAGAGGGAGAAGUUCUUCUUAUACAAACUCAUUGGCCACACCCUGAAGUGCUCUGAUGACCAUAACUUUGUGUUCCUGAGGUUGGUUGAUAUCCUACAGAGCCCUCAAAAGGAAGAGUUGGAGAGAAAGGGCAUUGGCAGUGCUAUUAGUAUUGUAGCUACUAACCAUCUUAAGACAGUCCUCAUUGUGCUUCAAGAUCACAGCAAGAUACUCACCGAUAAGAAUACAUCCCCUGUCCUCAAUCUCAAAAAAGAAUUGCAGCAGGAAGAGUGGAUAAAAAUCUGCAACACUAUCUACCUUAUUUAUGGUAGAAUUUUUCAAGAGAUCAAGUCCGAUAUGGGUGCCCAUGCAGACUUCAUCUUGUCUUUAAUCAUAAAUCACUAUGAAAAUUGCAUCAUAGAAAAGGAUAAAGAACUGACACUGAAUUACCUGAAUUCUGUGGUUAUGUUAACAAACAACUUGGCAAAUAUGAAUCUCCCAGACUUCCAAUUCUCCUUCAAAAUAAAAAUGGUGUACUUCAUGAUGUCACAGGAACUGGUAAAACAGGAGCCAACAGUCUUUAUCUCCAAUCCAAUUCGACAGAAGGCUAUGAUGAUUAUCACAAAUUUCAGGAAGCUGAAGCCUCCCUUGCAAGUAGAAGAGAAGAAGGAACUGCUCAAAGUUUGCUUUAAAUACAUUGUUGGCCUUCCUCCCUUAGAGGUCAUGCAGAAAGAUUUGUCACCCAAGGAGUCCCAGGCCACAGCGAAUUUAUUCAGGGACACAUUGCAGGCUCUGCGGAAGAUGCUGGAGGGGCUGGUCAUGGAAAUGCCAAAUUGGGUCCAGAACUACUUGGAGUUUUUGGACACAUGGCUUAAUUCCCAUAAGGACCACGAGAGGGAACGGGCCCUCUGGUGUGGUGUUCGCAUUCUCAGUUUCACUGCCAAGAAGCACAAUUUUAAUGUCGACAUUGAAUUUCCCCGACUCGGACAACUGGUGAAGCUUCUGGCCAUACUUUGCCAGGACCAUGUGGACAACAUCAGCUUCUUGGCUUCACAGGCAGUUUACAGUCUCUACUGCAUCAUGUUGCACAAGAAGAAGUUGGAUCAGGAAAAGAAAGGGAUAUGGGAAGAACUUCCCAACAAAGAAGGUGUCUACAGUGCCUGUGUGUUCCACAAUGAUACUUCUGAGAUUGCCAAGGCUUUUGCAGAAUACUUCACCCCCAAGCAAGUCACCAACCUAGUAAUGACUGCCAUGGAGGGCUUAAUUGACAGCAGGGCCAAGAUCUCUCUGGCUUCAGGGCAGCUCAUGAACUCUGCCAUGGAGGAGAGAGGGAAGGAUGUAUUGAAGGUUGAUGAAAUUGUGGAUGGCAUCUAUGAUAGACUCAGAUCCCAGCUGGAACCAGCCACAAGGAGGGAGACGCUGCAAGCCAUGUGUUCCCUAGCAGGCAACAACGCUCAUAAUGUAAUGACCCUACUGCUGAAGCGGCCACUUCCUUGGGAAAGAAUCAACAUGGAACUAUGGAGAGUGUUUGGCACCCGGAGGAAGACCACAAUCAACGUCCUGCAAUUGCUCAUAUCUAUCUUGGAAGAACGGCACCCUAAGCAGGGCUUCAAGGAAAUGUCAUUCCGUCCUGUGGCGGUGACUUGUGCCCUGUGCGAGAUGCUCUCGGAGACAACGUGCAAAUUGGCUUUGCUGGAGCUCUAUCCCCGGCUGCUGCUGGCUGUCCUAAAUCAUGUGUAUUGGGUAAUUGAGCAAAAUGUCCCCCAGAACAUGGUGGUGUACCGUAGGGAGGACAUGUCAGGCACCAAGAGCAAGGCCUUCGACCCUGUCAGUUGCGCACUGGAGGCUGUCAAGAUCAUGUUGAGAGCUGCUGAAUACUAUGGGGUUGUGUCCUAUACUGACCAAUACCGUGGCUGGGAUCUGCUAUCCAGUCCCAAGUAUUACUACAUGGGAGUCAUUGAGUUAACAAGCAACCCUUGGACUCCUCUGUCCCAUCCCAGUGGCUUAGUGAGGAACUGUGACCCCAGUAUUCUGCAUCGAGUCAUGAGGGAAGUCAAGCCACUCCUGUACAGUGUGGAAGACAGGCAGAAGAUCAUGGCUAGGGCUUGCUUUGUUCAGCUCCUCUGGCAUCAAUCGGUGGCCCAGACUUUGGGGGAAAACUUUCUGAGUCAUCUAAGUAAAUGGAUUCGUGAACCCAAUCUCAUCAUGAAAGAAAUUGGACUCCGGGGAAUCAGUAACCUAGCACUGCAUCCAGGGCAGGUAGGGACACUUGCAUCUUUACUUCCAGUCAUUCGGAGCUUCCUAAAAGAGGAGGAGCUGGUGGCAGUGCAGGCAGUGAAGGGACUACGCAAUAUCAUUUGUUAUGCAGACGGAAUUGUAACCAAGAGGGCCUUUUGCAGUAUCGCCAACCAACUACGACCCCUCAUCAAUGAUGAGAGGGACCAAGUACGGAUUUCAGCCACCUCUGCCCUCAGCCACAUGCUGCAUCAAGUCUACAAGUUCAGACCAGGCCCUAGAACCCGAAAUGCACUGUAUAGUUUUCUGGUUCCUCUACUGAUCAGCAUCCAAGAUAAUAACAUAGAGGUAGCUAAGGUCUGUGGAAAAGCUUUGACUGAAUGGGCUAUUGGGAUUGGCUGGAUAUCACUCAGGCAAACAUUCCAAAACACAAUCAUAACUGACCAUGUUAAGAUAUUGGAAGAAACAUGCAAAUGUCUGGUCAGCACAAAUCAAAGUCAGCUGGUGGGAAAGUUAUUGUUCCAGAGCUUUGGGUUCCUAAAGAGCCCACGACCCUUCAUUCGGGCAGCAGCAAUCACAUUCAUAGGACAAACUGUUAUGAAACUAAAUGUGAAUGAAAUACAUGAAGAAGAUGUAGAGCUGCUGCUGAAUGCCCUUCAAGAACUAAACGAUGAUCCUGAGGAAUCCAUACAGGGUUUGGUCUCCAUCACAAUCAAGAAAAUGCAAACAGCUUCUUAUGUGAAGACAAGUACCAGGUCUUACCUGAGACCGAACUUAAGAGUCCCUGGUUUUGGUGUCAAGAAGCGGCUCUUUAAAAACAUCAAAUCCAAAGAUGAAGGCAAGAAGAAGGGCAUAUCAAAAUUGUCUAAGCUUCGCCACUGGAAAAUGUCCCUUUGGCGGAGUUCUGAAGAUAGCAUAAGGCAAAGUGAACCCUCAAGAAUAAAUCACCAAAGGUUUCCCAGGAGAAUACUUCCUCAAAAAUAUCUUUUAAGCACUCAAGAUUUGGAUAAGUCUGUGCAUCAGGUCCAGAAAGAGCUCAAAAUUUCCUGAUUCUUAAUCCCUUUUUGGAGUUUGCUCUGGAGCUGAAGAUUUGUUACACAGAUAUCUCUUUCUGGUUUGGUACCUAUGCCCAGCACCCUCUUCCUUUCCAUUUUCUCCCUAUCUGCCCCACACUCCAGGGUUAGAAAGAAACCCCCUCCCCCAAUAUAGUUUUGGCUUCCAGAAAAUACUGUGUCUAUUCUACCCUUCCAGAGCUUCUGGUUUCCUGUAUAACUUUCAUCAAUAAAACUUUUUUCCUUAUUUUA